UAUAUUCAUCCCAUAGUACAACUCUCUUCUAUCCACACACUUUGUUCCAAAAUGGUAUCAUUCAAUUUCAAAACCUACUUACUGACAAUCAUUCUGGCCGGAAUUCUCGCCGGUGGUAUCCUACCGGAAAUCGUAGUGGGUCAGAACUGUGGUUGUGCAGCAGGUCUUUGCUGCAGCCAGUAUGGGUAUUGUGGCACUGGCAAUGCCUACUGUGGUGCAGGCUGCAGAUCAGGGCCUUGUACCGGUUCCAACGGUGCUUCGGUCUCUAAUAUUGUGACACAGUCCUUUUUCAAUGGGAUAAUCAAUCAAGCUUCUGCUGGAUGUGCAGGGAAAAGCUUCUACACCAGGUCUGCGUUUCUUAAAGCCAUCGGUUCCUACCCUUCAUUCGGCACUACUGGAACUACUGAUGAUUCUAAGCGCGAAAUUGCUGCUUUCUUUGCACAUGCCACGCAUGAGACUGGACAUUUUUGCUAUAUUGAAGAGAUAAAUGGUGCCUCUAGGAACUACUGUGACAGUUCAAAUACCCAAUACCGAUGUGCACCAAACAAGAAAUACUAUGGAAGAGGUCCUCUUCAGCUGUCAUGGAACUACAACUAUGGUCCUGCAGGCAGAAGCAUUGGGUUCGAUGGACUAAACAACCCCGAAAUUGUGGCAAAAGACCCAGUUGUGUCAUUCAAGACAGCCUUGUGGUUUUGGAUGAACAAUGUUCACUCUAAAAUGAAUUCUGGAUUUGGUGCAACAAUUCGUGCCAUUAACGGUGACCUUGAGUGCAAUGGUAAAGACUCGAAUUCAGUCAGUGCUCGUGUUAAGUACUACACUGACUAUUGCAACCAAUUUGGCGUUUCUCCUGGUAAUAAUCUCCGCUGCUAGGAUGCUAACAAAAAUCAGCAGACAUGGAAGCUAGCUCUUCAGUACCUUGUAAUAAAUUUGGCAUACAUGGAAGAAAAAUAAAUUGUAGUAAUACUUCUGAAACGAAUAAAAAGAGCUCUGGGUACAUGUUUGGUCCUAAUAUAAAAA